UUGUUUAACAACCGAUUGUCACAUCAAUUAAUUGUAUCCAACAGUCAACUUGUCAAUUUUAUUCACAACAAUUAGUUUAAUUGUAGAACUCUAAAAAUGAUUAAAGCUUUGAUUCUUUGUGCUUUGGUAAGUUUCACCUUUGCUGGUGAUAUCGACUUCCAAGAUUGUGGUGAUGGUUCAAAUCAACCAACAUCUUUUUCGGUUUCUGGUUGUGAUGAGGCUCCUUGUUCAGUAGAACGAGGAAAUACUUAUGAGUUCGCCAUUGGUUUCGAAUCUCCAAUUGAUGCUGAUUCCUUAAAGGUCGCAAUUAAGGCUCGAGUCUUUGGUGUUUGGAUUCCAUGGCCUGGUGCACCUCCAGUUAACUGUGGUACCGACAUUACCUGUCCCCUUGUAGCAGGUCAAGCUUAUACUCUUAAAUCAUCAUUGACCAUUCCAGGAAUAGCUCCAUCCAUAUCGACCUCCGUUCAAUUCUGCCUUCAAAGUGCUGCCACAAGUGAAACUGUUUUCUGUAAUCGUUUUCCCGUUAAAGUCCUUUAAUUUUCAACAAUUUUCUCUACAAUUAUUAAUACCUGACAAUUAAUCUCUACCAAAAUAACUGUAGUCUAGUAAUAAACAUCAAGUUAAUCACUUCGUAAAAAAAACAAA